AUGAGUGAACAAAAGAGAAGAUCUUUUUUCCUAUUUGAUUCAGGUGAAAAUGUGAUAAAAAAGCUUUCUUCUACAGGCACAAAUAAUACACGUAAUAACAAAACCAGUGUUGAAAAUCACCUUAAUAAAAACAGCAGUGCAAAAUCAACUAAUAAAAAACAUUCUAGUUCAUCCACAAAGAAAAAUCACACCAUUAGUUCCAAUACUCUACACCGAAAUAAUAAAAGCAGUUCACACAGUCAAAAAAAAGUUGUGUCAAAUAUUUCAAACACAGAAAAAAAAAGUGUUUCUAAUUCAUCAUCCUCCACUAAUGUUACAGACAUUGAUAAUGAAGAGAAGAGUAAUUUAAAUACAAGGAAUAUAUCUAAUGACAGUAGCACUAGGACCUACAAUAAUAACACCGCCAAAAGAAAGGCAAGAAGACCACCUCCACCAACGAUUAAUUUGGAUAUGAUUUACAAAGAACAACAAAAACAAAAACAGGAACAAGAUAUAAAAAGCCCAACUUUUGAUCAGAAAAAAGCUAGUUUCAAUGAUUCCAACACAAGAGAUGAUACCAAAAACAACAAAAAAACUGAUGUCGAUAUGUUUGUUGAACAUUUAGAUAAUAUAAUUUCUACUGACGAUGACAAUGGUAGCUCCCUAAACCAUGUAUCAUUAAAAGGUACUACUAGUAAUUUACCUAAAAACAAUAUCAAUAAUAAUGAUGGUAGAAUAACCAAUAUCACUAAUACUGGAAAUGAAUAUUCGCCAGUUUCACCUUUACGACUAGAUUUGCAAGAAUUUAAUUUAUUAUCUACACCAUUAAAUCACAUUGAAGAUAAUAAUUUUGCAGAAAAUUUAUUAAAAGGCCACAAAGAAACAAGGGAAAUGACAACGGAUGAUAACCCUAUAAACAACGAUGUAACUGAAAAUAUGACGAAUUCAACAUCAGUAUCAGAGAGACCCAAUUCCAUGUGUGAUUCAUUUUCAAAACACUCGCAAACAAUUAGCGAUAACAAUCCAUUUAAAAAUGAUUUUUCAGUAACCAGCAACCUAUUAAAUGAAAUUACAAAUCACAAUUACAUUGAUACAGACACUAGAAAUGAAUUAAACGAUAACAUAUAUCAAAAGGAAGAGGAACAACGUUUCUUAUCUCCAAAAAAGGUAAAUAUUGGUAACAGGAAAAGUGCUAGUAAAUUGAGGGUGGUCAACGACAGUAAUGCCAAAUUCUACGUUCAUGACGACGAUGAUAAUGACAGUGAAAGUAGCUCCAAAGAAAUAUCUCCUGCAUUACAAAAUGGAAGUGGAAAUUUUUAUGUUGAUGGUUCUACAGAUAAUGAGUAUGGAUAUUAUUAUCAUGAUGACCAAUCAGAUCGUGUUUCUAAUAAUACUAAGUAUAGUGGGAGUAUUCUAGAGAAUCACAGGUAUGAUGUUAUAGACGAUAGAUUGACUCCCUUGAAAGUAGUAAAUGGUAUUAUUAGUGGUUUUAGCGAUGACGAGGAACAAGAUUCUAAAUUUGCUGAAAGGAAUUUUACUUCGAAUCGCCAAUCCUACCUCAAAGUAGUUAACACUGAAGGCGAUACCAAAGAAAGUAGUACAGAUAGUGAAGAACUUGAUGUAAACUCAACUAAUGAGAAUAGUAGUUUUCCUGAGGGUAAAAAUGCAUCAAAUAUCAAUUUGUCUCCAAUUGAUAACAAUAUUCUUUCAACAGCAUCUAACAAUAGAAAUUCUAUAACGCCCAUUUCGUCCUUAUCAUCUAGACCCAGUAGUUUUUUAAUAACAAAUACUUCUACCAAUAAUCGAGACACAAUUUCACCCUUCCCAAGCAAUAACAAGAGUAUUACAAGAGAUACCAAUACUUCUUCUAGUCUGGAAUCAGUUAGUAAUAGUAUUGAUAAUAAUGGAAAUAUCGGCGUAAGUAGUUGCUUAUCUAUGGAAUUGAAAAGCCAAUCCUCGGGCACGAGCAACAACAGUGAGAAUGCUGACAUAACACCAGCAACAUCGACCAGCACAAUACCGCAUUUUAGAUUAGUUUCGAGUUAUGUGGAAGAACUAAGAUUAAAAUAUUACCCGACAUCAAAUUGCUUGCAACCGCCGCCGGAUUUACCAAUUUCUUUGAAAACUAAAAAUAGUUUAGAACUACCUCAAAGAAAUAUUAAGGUUAGAAUAAGAACAAGUUCCAAACAGAUAGGUAUCAAACAUGGUAAAGCUAAACAAAAAUUGUUAACCUUAGAAGCACCUAGUGAGGAAGAUGAGUUAUUUUUCCCACCUCGUUCGAUGGGUGACGGGGGUAUGAGGACUUUAUCCAACGGCAAUAAUAAUAAUAAUAAUAAUAAUAAUAAUAAUAAUAAUGGGGUUAGUGAUCACGACAUCAAUGGUAAUCUUUUUGUUAAUGGGAAUAGACCUGAUCAUACCAAAGAGUUUCAUAAUUUUUUUGGUAAUAAUGGUAUGCCAUUAACUGAAGAAGAAGAAGAAAGGUUGAUCAUGAAUGAAAUACCAGGUGAAGAAGCUUAUGAUAGUGAUGAUGUAAUGGCACCAUUGAGAGAAAACCCUGGAAGAACUCGUAGUAGCACCAAAAUUAGUAAUGAUCUUCAUAGGGUAGAUAGUACGAAAAGUUAUUUCACAAGAAAUGCCAAUAGAUUGAGAAGUGGGACUUUGGACAAUACAUAUAUACCACCUAUAGGAUAUAUACCACCUAAUAAACUGUAUUCUCCAAAUGAGGUUAAUGAUACAAUAAAGGAUGGAAAUGUUGGUAAUUCUGGUGCCAAUAAUGGUAAUACUCAAAAUAGGACACGUAGUAACACUGCAAUUACCAAAAGGGGGAGUGGAAAUGGGUUGGUUGAUAAUUCAGAUGUGAUGAGCACAAUAACAAACACCACCGCAUACGAAUAUUAUGGUUCCUCCAACGGUUUACGUAUUGCUAAUCCAGACAAUAAAAGGGGAGUGUGA